CAGCUCAAGCCUCAAACCGAGAAGGGUUCUUCAGGGGCCUGGGUUGCCAAGGAGUCAAUGUUUGAAAAAGCACCUGGCUAAGCCAGGCCUUUUGUAGGAGAAUGCCCAAUGCAUUUGCUCUCUGGAGUUUGCUGGAUCUAAAAGGAGCAGGCUGGAUGUCUGACCACUCCAAGAACAAGCAUACACAGUACCCCUUGGCUGAAAGCAAACAAGCAAGGGUCCUGGGCCAGCCACUCGGCAACUCCAGGACCGUGAGCUCAUGUAGCAAAGAGGGGCUGGGCUUUGCAGUCCUCAUUUGCCUGUGAGGAAAGCACUGGGUAUUUGGGGGACACGUCAGACUGAUGGCUCUGAAGGUCACGCAAGCUGUGUGACCUCCGCAGGCUCUCUAACACCCGCCCCUCAGUUUUCAUCUCCUUACUUAUAGAGUGGAACCACCCAGGACUCAGAGAGGCUUAAGAAGACUGCGUGCAGACGUAGCCUUGGACCUAGUGGGUGCUCAGCAAAUCCUGAACUCUCUGCUUCCUUCCUGAGCCGCCAUCUGUAAGAACCCCUCUGAUAGGAAGCGCCCAAGAGGCCAGUUGUAUGUUCCUGAGACUGAGCAACUCCCUGCAGAAGGAGGAAUCCUGGGAGACGUCCUGCAGGAGGAGGGCUCCAAGCAGAAAUUUUACCAGAGAUCCUUGGAUGAACUGUUGUAGAUGCCUCCCCGGGGGUCAUAAAACCAUAAACCAAGGCUGGAGUUAUUUUAAAAACUUGGGGUCUUGGAGCAAGAGUGUGGCCAGGCAUCCUUGCUUCCACCUAAACACCAGCCUGCUCCUCUUACACCCAGAGAGCAAAUAUGUUCUGAGACGUUUAACUCCAUCCCGUGGGGAUUUCCUGAGGCUCUUUUGACGUGAGAAACUGUUCUAGGAACUGAGAUUAGACACAAGGAUACAGGAAUUCUGCCUUCAUGAGCCCAGCCUAUCACACCAGGCUUUCUUUGCCACAGCUGGAGACAGCUGCAGCUCCACUGUAGUUGAGCUGUGAACCCUCCCACCCCUACCCCUCAACACCACCGCUAAGGUGAGGACAGGCUGAUUUGAAUCGGAAAGUGUGACCGGAAGCUUGGGUUUCCAGAACCCAAGAGAUGAAGGGCCUCCUCACACUGGCUUGGUUCCUGGCUUGCAGUGUGCCUGCAGUCCCAGGGGGCUUGCUAGAACUGAAGUCCAUGAUUGAGGAGGUGACUGGAAAGAAUGCCAUUAAGAACUAUGGCUUCUACGGCUGCUACUGUGGCUGGGGCGGCCGCGGGACCCCCAAGGAUGGCACUGAUUGGUGCUGUCAGGUGCAUGACCGUUGUUAUGGGCAACUGGAGGAGAAACACUGUGCCAUCCGGACCCAGUCCUAUGACUACAGAUUCACGAAGGGCCUAGUCAUCUGCGAACACGACUCCUUCUGUCCAGUGAGGCUCUGUGCCUGUGACCGGAAGCUAGUCUACUGCCUGCGGCGAAACCUCUGGAGUUACAAUGCUCUUUACCAGUAUUACCCCAACUUCCUCUGCUAAUGUCCUCUACGGGCUCUGUCCUGGGGGCGCCUACCACAGUGGCGGUCCCCUCUGCUGUAUUCCUGAUGCAUUCCUCCCCCCCCCCCAAAGGUCUUGGAUCUGCCUUCCUCUGUGCACUACUGGGCUAGGCGGAGCCCCAGGGCUACACUCUUCCCUCCAGAGUCCUGGAGAGGGACUCUGAGCUAGAGUUGGCAGGCUCUCCGGAUGGCUGAGCCUGCACUUGCUAAGUUGGCUCUGAGCCCUGGAGCUCCCCCAACUCCAGGCCAGUGUGUGUUGACUUUUCUUUCAAUUUCUGGAACCCAACUGUCAUUAGCACCCUCCAGAGACCUUUUACUGUAGGAGAAGCCAAAUUAACUCUAUAAAUCUGCUAUGUAGAUAUUAAAUAAAACCCAUUCUCAAGGCUAGAAAAACACCACCCCAGCACUUCCUCUGACGGGGCUGGCGUAGGAUUGCCCACGCUUUUCUAACCCCUGAGGCAUCUGUAUGUUCUCUGGGAUGAAGGUCAGGAAACAGGUGGAAGCCUUAGGUGCCUCUCACGGUUUGUCUUGAGUUCAUUUUCUUAGGAUCCUUCAAGCCAGACAAGGGGCCCAUGCUCCUUCUGAAGGAAGAUGAGACACAGCCUUACCCCACCUUGAGCUCCUGGAAGGUGGAGGCCGGAGCAUCAGGAGUUCAAGGCCAGCCUCUGCUCCUUAGCCAGGAUGGUAGCUGAGGCUACCUGAGACUGGGUCUCAGAAAGGACCAGUUAAUUAAUUAAAAGGAGGCUCCCUGUGCUCACCUGGUGCAGACACAGGGAUGCUAGGGUUCUGAGAUGUCACUCAGUGGGAAAAAAUGGCUUAAAUAAGAUUCAACGGGGUGCAUAUCAAUGGCAGAAUGACUGUCUGUUUUUUCACUGAGUUAAGGGCACUGAAAAUCUCAACUCAUCUAUGGCUUUGUAAAAGACAGAGCUUUCUCAUAGCAACAUGACGGAGGGAAGAGAUGUAUUCAACAACAGAGGAGUGCCCUUCCUGAGGUGAAGGCUUUGGGCCUCUUCCCAUGCGUCUUCAGAAUAUGCACAGGACACAUGCGAUCUGUAUUUAGAGACCUUUAGUGUUCAAACAUUUUCUAAAUAAAGCUAAUUAUAUGAGAUUACCCUGAA